UCUUGGAAUCACGUGUCCUCACUGCCAGUCAGCUCUGCAGUAUGCCACCCAAGCUGAAGUCAAAGUCGGGUACUACAGCUACUGGUAAUAAACAAACCAGUACAUCAAAAGGGAAAGAUAGUGGUUCUUCUGGUGUCUCAGGUGCCCAAUCUGGGUCUCAUAGUACUGUGAACUGUGUAUGUGGUUCACCUAUUGACUCAGGGCAUAUGGUCGAGUGUGAGUCAUGUUCGUGUUGGUCACAUGUGCAGUGUAUUGGUCUUUCGCCCUCAUGUGCCUCAACCUAUCCGUAUAUAUGUCCAUUCUGUGUAAGACUUCUUGUGACUAAUCUUAGUGAAUUGCGUUCUGAGGUUGCAUUUCUUCGAAACAAGAUUGAAUCAAUUGAAUCAUCUUUUUCUACCACAUCUACAUCAUCUAUCUCCUCCGAGAUUGAAAGUAUUAAUGACCAACUGAGGCUCCUAUCAUCUAGAGUUGACUCUUCUCCAGACACCAGCCAGACUCAGACAAAUACUUCUGAAACACCAUCCAGACCAGUAUCGAAUCACACUGUCAAUCACGAUGGUAGUCGUAGGGGAAAUCUAGUCAUUACAGGUUUACCGGAAUGUCCACAAGGUACAACAAGAGUUGAUCGGUUUCUUAAAGAUCAAGAAACUGUUGCCUCCAUCCUGUCUACUGUUUCUCCGUCAGUUAAUUCCCAGUCUGUCAAAGAUCUUUUCCGUUUAGGAAGGUACCGUCCUGAUCAAUCUAGACCAAUCCUCGUGAAAUUUUUUCGUUCCUGGGAUGCUACUGUUGUUCUCCGCAAUAAGUCAAAAUUGGCCGAUUCUCCCAAUAUUUCUAUCAGACCAGAUCUCUCUCCUUCUCAAAAGACUGCUCGUUCCCUGUUGCUUAGGGAGCGUAGAACCUUAAUGACGUCUGGUAACAAUGCUGGUGACAUCAAGAUUCGUGGUAAUAAGAUUUUUCUACGAGACUCUCUCUAUGGGGAGGUAAACAAUAACUCAUUUGUACGGGCUCUUGCUCCUGGUGACUCUGACACGUCUAACACGACUGAUUCUGCUACGGUAUCAUCUACUUUACCUCCUUCUCGUGUAUCACCUCCUGUUACUCCUUCCCCACCUACUGUCACCCCUCCGUCUUUCCAGUAGCUUCGCCCACGCCCAUCCU